AUGCCUAAUCAAGAUCGUAAAAGUAGAAGCCGCUCUAGAAACCGUGGUUCGCGUUCUGGGCACGGUGCUGCACACUCGAGUGACGGUAAUUCUGGUUCUAGGCGCCGAAAGUCUCAUUCUAGGCGUAUUUCAAAAAGACAUAAUUCCCCUAAUAACAUGUUAACCGAACAAAUGCAACAAAUUUUAAAUUGUUUAACUGUAUUGGAAGGGCAACGUAGCUCCUCACCGCCGCGAACACAUGAACCGAGCGCAGGUGUGCCUGCGCUGACGCCACCACGGCUGCGACCUCUGACCACGACUGUAGUUGAGCAUCAGAGGUCGGUGCUUGAAGGUCGAGAGUCAGCUGUGACGUCUUCACCAGGGCGUCCCGUGAGUGCAAUUACGGACCGUGACGCCAGCGGGACUGAUCGUAUCAUCGACGCGAUACGUUCAAUCAACACGACGAUCAUGCCUCCUCGAAAGAAACUAACUCGUGAAGAACAUCUUGAAAAGAAGCGUCUCGCAGAACGAUUGAGAUACCAACGCAUAAAAAAUGAUCCCGAAAAGUAUUCUCAACAGAAGGAAAAGGAAAAGAAGAAAUAUGAAAGAAAAAAAGAGAAGGGAACUAUUAAGACCGUAAACCAAAUGACACCCAGAGAACAACGAAAAGCCAGAAAGAUAUGGAGAGAAAAGGCAAAACAGCGGAGACGACGUUUAGCUCUUCAACAUAUUGAAAAUGCUCCUGCUACCAUACCUACUUCGGACAACGAAAAUAUUAAUCAACGAGCGCAAGCUGGACAACGAAGAUCGAUCCAGGCAAGGCGAGCAAGAAAUAUAUUAAUAAAAAAACAGGUAGCUCAAAUCGCUCAGCUUAAAUCAACAAUACAAUGUUAUAAAAAAAGACUUCAGAGAUCCAAAAGACAAAAUAAUAUGGAGAUAGAGAAAAGUCCAGGUACAAGGGUAAGCGCAUUACUUUCUUCACCAAAAUCGAGAGAUACUGUCAAGAAAAAAAUAUUAUGUGGAGAAGUUCUUUCUCAACAAUUAAGAGAUAAUUUUUCGGAUCUUACGACUCAAAAAGAGCAAAGACUGUUUCAGAUAAGUGGAAAACUGGUUUCAAAAUAUAGAGUUUUAGAAGAAGACAAGAUAUUAAAACCUAUUCAGAAAAGAAAAACUAAAUUAACUUUAAUAGAAGCAAAACGAAGCAUAAGAAAAAAAUCGAUAAUUUUGAGAAAAACUAUAGAAAUUUUCAUGGAAGAAGAUUCAAACAGUAGAGUGUGUGCUGGUAAAAAAGACGUUGUAACAAAACAAGGGGUAAGAAAACAGAUGAGAGUUAUGUUGGACACUUUAAUAAACUUAUACAAGCUUUUCAUAAAAAAAAACGGCAUUAAAAUUUCCUAUGCGCUUUUCUGCAAGUUUCGUCCGUUUUGGGUUGUCCAGUCACGGUACGACAAACGUAACACUUGCUUGUGUGUAAAGCACAGCAACAUUGAAUUAAUUUUGAAUUGUCUACACCAAGCAAAGAUAAUAUCAGUGUUAAACUACGUGGAUCUUCUAAAUACGUUUUGUUGCAACAGAUAUAAUGAAGAUUGUCUUUCGAGAAAUUGUGAGACCUGUAAAAAUAAAACACUUUGCUACAAAGAAUUUGAUAAUUCAUUUCCACUACUCUAUAAAAAGUGGCAAUCUGUACCUCAAGAUUAUGUGGAUGUAAAAACUAAAAAGACGCGGAAAAUUAUGAAGUGCGUAAAAAGCACAAUAGAAAUAUACCCCCGAGAUUUAAUUUUACAAUUGGAAAGUAACACCGAAAUCUUACUUCUACACGAGUUCAAUAUUGUACAUCAAUAUAUGGCUAUGAAAUUAAAAAAGGAAACAUUGACAGAGCGAGAUGCUAUUAUUCAUGUUGACUUUAGUAAAAAAUAUCAAACCAAAUACGCUGAAGAAGUGCAAUCCUUCCAUUUUGGAGGCUCGAGAGAGCAGAUAAGCAUCCAUACGGUCGUGGUGUACACCAAAGGAAAUAAUGGAGACACAAUGUUCCUGUUAUUGCACCUUAUCGAAAAAUUUAUCACAUUCACCACCAGCAAUUUGGGCACAUUUGCAGCCUAUACUCGACAGUCUUCCCGCACAAAUCGAAAACUUGAAUUUCCUAAG